AGCGCGGGGCGCGCGCGCGUGGAGCCGCGUGACGCCCGGGUGAAGCGCGCGCGCGCGUGUGGGCGCGAGGCGGCGGCGGGCCGGGGCCAUAGACGCGGGGCCGGAAGAGGAGAGAGAGAGGAGAGAGAGAGAGAGAGGAAAGGAGAGGCGAGUUGGGGCGGGGGGGGAGGGGGGUGGGUUGGCUAGAGCGUCGCCCCCAUCCGCCGCCGGCCAGCCCCAGUCCGCCAGGCCCCCGCGCCGCGCCCGGACAAAGCCGCCGCCCCGCCCCGCCCGCAGCCCCCGCCGCGGAGCCAUGUCGGCCAGCAGCCUCCUGGAGCAGAGACCCAAGGGCCAAGGCAACAAAGUGCAAAACGGAUCUGUGCACCAGAAGGAUGGGUUAAAUGACGAUGACUUUGAACCGUACCUGAGUCCCCAGGCCCGGCCGAAUAAUGCAUACACCGCAAUGUCCGAUUCCUACUUACCAAACUACUACAGUCCCUCCAUCGGAUUCUCCUACUCCUUAGGCGAAGCUGCCUGGUCUACGGGGGGUGACCCCCCCAUGCCCUACCUAACCUCCUACGGACAGCUGAGCAACGGGGAGCCUCACUUUCUCCCAGACGCCAUGUUUGGGCAGCCAGGGGCCCUUGGCAGCACUCCAUUUCUCGGGCAGCAUGGCUUUAACUUCUUUCCAAGUGGGAUUGACUUUUCGGCUUGGGGGAAUAACAGUUCUCAGGGACAAUCCACUCAAAGCUCUGGCUAUAGUAGCAAUUACGCCUAUGCCCCUAGCUCGCUGGGUGGAGCGAUGAUUGAUGGGCAAUCUGCCUUUGCUAACGAGACUCUGAACAAGGCUCCUGGCAUGAACACCAUCGACCAAGGGAUGGCAGCUCUGAAGCUGGGCAGCACAGACGUUGCAAGCAGCGUCCCGAAAGUCGUUGGUUCGGCUGUCGGUAGCGGAUCCAUUACCAGUAAUAUCGUGGCAUCUAACAGUUUGCCUCCGGCUACUAUCGCUCCUCCAAAGCCGACCUCCUGGGCUGACAUCGCUAGCAAACCGGCUAAGCAGCAGCCCAAGCUGAAGACCAAGAAUGGCAUUGCAGGUUCAAGUCUUCCACCGCCUCCGAUAAAACACAACAUGGAUAUCGGAACUUGGGAUAACAAAGGGCCGGUGGCGAAAGCCCCGUCGCAGGCCUUAGUUCAGAAUAUCGGUCAGCAGCCAGCCCAGGUGUCCCCCCAGCCCGUGGGCCAGCAGAUCAAUAACAGCCCACCGGUGGCACAGGCUUCAAGCGGGCAGCAGCCCCAGCCGCUGCCCCCGCCGCCGCCGCAGCCGGCCCAGCUGCCUGUGCCGCAGCAGGCGGCUCAGCCCACCCGCUGGGUUGCCCCUCGUAAUCGAGGCAACGGGUUCGGUCAAAACGGAGUGGACGGUAACGGAGUGGGACAGUCUCAGGCCAGUUCUGGUUCUGCUCCUUCGGAGCCGCACCCGGUCUUGGAGAAGUUGAGAUCCAUCAACAACUACAACCCCAAGGAUUUUGACUGGAACCCAAAACACGGCCGGGUUUUCAUCAUUAAGAGUUACUCUGAGGACGAUAUCCACCGUUCCAUUAAAUAUAACAUCUGGUGCAGUACAGAGCACGGCAACAAGAGACUGGAUGCCGCCUAUCGCUCCAUGAACGGGAAGGGCCCCGUUUACUUACUGUUCAGUGUCAACGGUAGUGGUCACUUCUGCGGAGUAGCAGAAAUGAAAUCUGCUGUGGACUAUAACACGUGUGCGGGGGUGUGGUCCCAGGACAAGUGGAAGGGACGUUUUGAUGUCAGGUGGAUUUUUGUGAAGGACGUUCCCAACAGCCAGCUGCGGCACAUCCGCCUAGAGAACAACGAGAAUAAACCAGUGACCAACUCCAGGGACACUCAGGAGGUGCCUCUGGAAAAGGCUAAGCAGGUGUUGAAAAUCAUUGCCACCUACAAGCACACCACCUCCAUCUUUGAUGACUUCUCACACUAUGAGAAACGCCAAGAGGAGGAGGAAAAUGUUAAAAAGGAACGCCAAGGCCGUGUCAAGUAAAAGGCCAUUCCUCCCUCAGAGACUGCAGCAGAGAUUGCAUCCCAGCUAUCUUUCAGAGAGAGAGAGAGAGAGAAAAGAAGAGCAAAAAUAUCCCGGAGAGAAUUAGGACUUUUUUUUUUUUUUUUCUUAAUUUCAUUGACUUCAAAAAGACUCUUACAAACUUGCAGUUUGAAAGGAAAAAAAGAAAAAAGUAUUGGAAUUUCACAAGACAUAGGACUUAAAAAAAAAGAAAAACCAACAAAAAAAAAAAAUCCCUUCUAGGUAGAGUAUAGGUAAAAACUGUCCCCUUUCUUUUGGCUUUGGUUGUGAUUUCAGAGCAUACGCUUUGUUUUUUGUCUUUUUACUAUGGUUUUUUUUUCGGAUUUUAAAGUCCGUAAGUGGCAUAUGCCUUUAUAUUUUAUUUCCGCCCCCCCCCCCCUCUUAAUUUUUAAACCCCCGCCGCUUCCCUUCCUUCCACCCCCUCGCGCCUCCUUCCCCUGGUUUUGACAUUUGCACUUGGAACACCGAGUUGUAACAUCCACCCAGGAAAGUGGAGUAACUGGUUUGGGUUUUUUUUUUUUUCUUCCCCCCCACCCCACCCCACCCCUCACCGCCCUGGCCUGGAAGAGGAGGAAUUCUACAAGGAAGUUGGGGUUUUGGCCUAAGAAGAAUUGAACAGAACUUGUCCACGAGGUUGUGUCUUAAAGGUGGUUCAUUUUUCUCUGACCCUUCGUUACUCAAAAGUCAAGUACUAGGAGUCCUAAGAAAUGUUCCGUUCUCGUGCAUUAUACGGAUUUACAGAUUUAAGUUCUGGAUUAACUUGAUUUUUAUUUUUUUUUUUUUUUUUGGAAAGCUGAGAACAGUGGUAAAAACUGGUUUUGUUUACAGGAAAAUGAAUUUUGGACGAAAACAAACGGGGGAGGGGGGCGGGGGGGGGGAAGAAAUCUUGUAAAAUGUGUAGUGAAUAUGUUUCUUCAGUUUCUUGUUAAGCCAAUGAGGAAUGGGCGUUGCCUUUCUUUUCACCAUUAAUCACUUCUCAAUAAUAAACGUGAGAUCCU